UUAGAGUAAGAAGAAGACUGCAGCAAUGGCAAGAACCAAGCAGACCGCUCGUAAAUCCACCGGUGGUAAAGCCCCGAGAAAGCAGCUCGCUACCAAAGCCGCCCGUAAGAGCGCUCCAGCCACCGGCGGCGUCAAGAAGCCCCAUCGUUACAGGCCCGGGACCGUGGCUCUCAGAGAGAUCCGCCGUUAUCAGAAGUCUACCGAGCUGCUGAUCCGCAAACUGCCCUUCCAGCGGCUGGUGAGAGAAAUCGCUCAGGACUUCAAGACGGAUCUGCGCUUCCAGAGCUCCGCUGUCAUGGCCCUGCAGGAGGCCAGCGAGGCUUAUUUGGUCGGUCUGUUUGAGGACACCAAUCUGUGCGCCAUCCACGCCAAGAGGGUCACCAUCAUGCCCAAGGACAUUCAGCUGGCCCGCCGCAUCCGCGGAGAGCGCGCCUAAACCCGCAUUAGUCACAUCAAACCCCAAAGGCUCUUUUAAGAGCCACCAAAAUUACACUGAACGAGGGAGUUUCCAG